CUUCCUCUGUUUCUCUGUCUCUCUCGAUGUGCGCGUUCUGCCACAAUUCUCAUUCGCCCGCAUUCGUCCUUCCGUCCCUCCACACCCUCCCUUCGCCCCACGUCAACUGUUUCUCAUCGUGUCCCUGUGUCAGUCCCACGGGGGCCGCUCCCUCCUCCCUUUCUUUUCUUCUUCCUAUCUCCUCCCCCUGACUAUUUCAAUCCGUCUCAGCGGCGACCUGGGUCCAUUCGGUGUUGGUGUCAGUGAGCUUAAACCCGUUAUUCUCCGAAACCAAGAAUGGAGAAAGUUGUUGAUACCAUUUCAAGGUACCCAGUUAUUGACCCGAAGUAUGAGUUUUCUGCUCCGCAGUACGUGGAUUUUUCUCAUGAAGAGUCUCAUGGGGAUAUUGAUCGAGCAGAUCAGUGGUUCUCAAGUGCAAUUCCUAAUGAAGCCUCGCCGCACGCUCCUAGGAUCGGAUCAGUUAUAGAGCUUUUGGCAGCCAGAGAUCGCUCCAGGCAAGCGAGUGACAAGGAAGCCCGCAAGAUACUAGCACAUGUAUCGCAUGGCCCAAGGCAGACGAACGAGCAGGUUACGAUCGGUUGGGAACAGUCAUCGGAAUUUGAAGUGGCACCUGAGAGUCUUAUUGUCGACUGGCUUGGUGAAUUUACUGCUACAACGAUUCCUGCUCUAUCACCUGUCACUUCUCCAAUGCCUACCAAGCGAUCGUAUGCGGAAGUUUGCGAUGAAUCGGCCCAUCCUCCCGAGACUAUGCGGAAAAAAACAGAAUUAGCAGAUAUCAGGUGGUCUUACAACGAUCGGAGGGACAAGGCUGCAGCUCGAAAGGCACAAGUAUCAGAAGAAUUUCAGGCUGGGAAGAGGCAAAAGCUCGACAGGGGGAGGACGAAGCAGAUAAUGCAAAGAUGUCCAUCUCUCCAAGAACCAAGGGAGGUCUCUCCAUUCGUUUCCAUGGCGGAACGGGUGCAGAAGUUUCUGCACAAAACUCCACCGCGCUUUCAUGUUCUGCCUGCCAGAGUUGGCAUCUCUCAGUUGUUAGAGAUGGAGAAGCCCAAGUCGCCAAAGCUCACAAUGCCGAAAACACCUGAGUUUCAGACAAUGCGGAGGAUUCGAUCUUCAAGGUUCAAAAGUGCCGAAGAGAUCGAAAUUGAGGAGCUUGCUAAAAUUCCCAAAUUCAAAGCUCGUCCUCUCAACAAGAGGGUUUUCCAAAGCAGCGGUGACCUAGGACUUCUCCGAAUUCACAAGCGUAAAGUGACAGUGCCAAUGGAGUUUCGUUCUGAGACUAGCCGACGAGCCCAAGUUCGCAACUCUGUUCUUCGGAUCCAAGAGUUUGAUAAGGAGCAAGGUCUUGUCAAGUUGAUUAGAACGGUCGGGUCAACGGUAGAAAGAGAACAGAAAGAUGCUGGAGCCCUAAUUUCUGAGGUUCAAUAUAUUCUUUCCAAUGCGCCAAUCUUCACGCCAGUCCAGUCAACCAAUCCUUUGGCUGAAAUUUCUCAAUCCAAGCUUAAUAUUAACCAACAAGCAUUGGAGUAUGAAAAAAAGAAAAAAGAGAAGAAAGUCAACAAUGCCAUGCGCAGAAAGGUGAUUGCACAACCGGCACCACAGUUUGAUGAACCAUCCAUUCCCCAGAGAUCCAUGAAGGGGCUGACAAAGGCAACACUUCCAAUAUUAAAUCUCAAAGCUCCCGGAGCCGAACUAACAACUUCCUAUUCCUGGGCUGAAGAAAUUCCGCUGGAGCAGAAAAGAAUAUUCAUGAGGUAGCAUUUUAGACCAUUAGCUGAUUUCAAAGUCUACUAUGUUUCCCUUGCUUGUAUCGUGCUCACUCGAUCAUCACGUGAGCUGUGACUCGCCAGACAGACUUGCUAAAUGUUACACUUGACAUUGACACUUUAUCCCUGAUUCCAAAGCAGCUAGUAUUGUUUACAUUCUGCGUAUGGUAUUCAGUAAAACGAAAACACUGCACGUGUUAUGUAUAACCAUCCUAUAAUAGUGUACAUUUGACAGACUAUUGAUGUUUGAUACCUUCAUAAUGCUCCAAAAUCAACAACUUGGACGGGGGCUGCUUCUGGA